CUGAAUGCCAUGGCUAAUCGUGCUGCUGGGAAGGGCUAUGAGAAUGAGGACCACUACACUAACAUAAAACUGCAGUUCAUUGGCAUAGAAAACAUCCAUGUCAUGAGGAACAGCCAACAGAAGCUUAUAGAUGUUGGUGAUCUCGUGGCUCCCACCAUGAGUGAUUUCCUCUGGGGUCUGGAGAACUCUGGGUGGCUAAAACACAUCAAAGCAGUACUAGAUGCUGGAGUAUUCAUUGCAAAGGCAGUGGCGGAGGAGGGAGUGAGUGUUCUGGUGCACUGUUCAGACGGGUGGGACAGAACCGCUCAGGCGUGUUCGGUGGCCAGUGUACUACUAGAUUCAUACUACAGAACGAUCAAGGGACUGAUGGUUCUGAUUGAAAAGGACUGGAUGUCAUUUGGACACAAGUUUUCCCACAGGUACGCUCAUCUUGACGGUGACCCUAAGGAGGUUUCCCCAGUUAUGGACCAGUUUCUGGAGUGUGUGUGGCAGUUGAUGCAGCAGUUCCCCUGUGCGUUUGAGUUCAAUGAGCGAUUCCUCAUACAGCUACACACACACAUCUACUCCUGCCAGUACGGGAACUUCAUCGGCAAUUGCCAGAAAGAAAGGAGAGACUUGAGGUUACAAGAGCGAACACACUCUUUGUGGCCACACCUGUGGGAUAACAGGGCCGAAUACACAAACCCUCUGUACAGGACAGACCACAGUCAGACACAGGGUGUUCUGAAACCUCUCACCACUGCCUACUGCUUCAAGUUUUGGAAGGGGAUGUACGGCCGUGCAGAGAAAAGUGUGACCUCACAGUCUCCAGUCGAUUGCCUGAACGCAGUAAGGGAGGAGUCACAACAAUUGGAGGAGGAGCUUAGCACCCACCAGGAGAGAAUUGUCGAGCUGAAGGAGAAAACUUCAGGGGAGAGGAAGGAGACCAAGAAGUUGUCUGAACGGCCCCGCCGUCCAAUUCCAAGCGAGUGUGAACUCGGCAGCCCACUGGACUAUUUCACUACACUGAGAAGUGAGAAACACACUCCUGCUUUCACACUGCCACUAGAGCUAGCAGCCCAACCUAAGAGCGGUGACCCCGAUGACCUUUCAACCUGCAGCGAUUUUGAGUCAGGCGUAGCUGACCUCAGUAGCCACUCCUCCAGUGCUGGAGACGACGCAAAGGACCCUUAUUAGGAUAAGGUGGUCAAAACAAACACCUGAACUAAACAGAACUGGUGACAAUGAGGGAUAAAAGCACAGAAACCAGUAUCAAACUGGGAACUAUGUUGUAUUUUUAAUGUUAUUUUAAUUUUUCUUUUUAAAUCUGUGUGUGAAUUUAUAUUUAAUUAUGUGCACAAUAUCCAAGAUGGUCUGGCAAUAAGACCGCAUUCCAUUAUAGUAAAGUUAUUUCCUGUGUAAUGUUUUGGGUUGACUGUAUAUUUUAUGCGCAAUUAAUUUAUUUCCAUAACUAUGUACGGAACAGCAUAUUAAAAUACUACUCGUAGUAAUACGCAGAAUAUAUAUCAGAUAUCAUAAUACAUUUGCUAAAAUACCGUGUCCCACAAAGCAAUGCAUAAACUGGAAUGGCUGCAUUUUUUUUAAUCAGCAUUCUUGGUUACCAAUAGGUUUUUUUUUUUUUAUUAUUAUUUGUCUGAGAAUUUUUUAUUUUUUUUUACCUAUGUUACAUGCUUUCUAAUUUCACAUACUAUAUACAGCAGGAAGAGGAUGCUAGGAUUCCAUUUCAAACAUAGCCCAUAUCCUCAAGGAAUUUGGUCUGUGCCUAUCAAGACUAUUAGAUUCCCACCUGUGUGUUUCAUUGGUAUUCAAAGGAACUCUUAAAUAGAAAUUGUGAGAAUUUGCUGUAUAUGUGAAAACAAGAACUGUAUGUCAACCACACUACCUUUACUUCCCAUUUCAGUAACUAGGCGUACUCUGACACAUAGACAAUCAAUCCCUCACACAUCCACAUGAUUAACUUUUCAGCUAUACCAGUAGAUAUGAAUAUAGGGCAAAAAAUGCUCUCAAUAAAAUGUUUGACAAACAACAAACAAAAUUA